AUGACCGCUCGCCUCCUCCGUCACGCACUGUCGCCACUGUCGCCACAUCUGUCCGUCCCACGCGGUCGUCCUCUCCUGUCGCUCGUCCAUCUGCACGUAUCCCUCACGCAGCGCUCUAUCCUCGGCCCGCCAAAACUGUGUCGCCACUUGACCUCUUCAAAGCAGCAACAGCAGCAACAGCAGCAGCAACAACAACAACAACAACAGCCAUUGAAACCAAAACGCGUCGACCCCAUCCGGUCGACGGCCUUUUCAAUCGAAAAGCACACGUGGGCCGAACGUUAUAGUCCCCCGUGGAUGUUGCCCUACCUACAGCUCUCGCGCAUCAAUCGCCCGGCCGGGACGUUCCUGCUCUUGUGGCCGUGUUACUGGAGCAUCGCUCUGGCAGCGCCAGCGGGUCACGUGCCAGACGGCGCUCUCCUGGCGCUCUUUGCCACUGGCGCUUUGGUCAUGCGCAGUGCCGGCUGCACGAUCAACGACAUGUGGGACAGGGACUUUGACAAGCGCGUCGAGCGCACCAACAAGCGACCGCUUGCUGCGGGAAAGCUCUCGGACACUCAGGUGUGGGCGUUCCUGGGCGCCCAAUUGUCGGCCGGACUGGCCGUCUUACUGCAGCUCAAUGGCUACAGUAUCGCCAUGGGCGCGGCGUCUUUGGCACUGGUUGCUGUCUACCCGACGAUGAAGCGGUGGACCUAUUGGCCGCAAGCUUUCUUGGGCUUGACGUUCAACUACGGGGCCCUCUUGGGCUGGGCGGCCGUGCACGGGUCGUGUGCGUGGCCGGUCGUGCUGCCGCUCUAUGCAGGUGGCGUGGCCUGGACACUGGUCUACGACACUCUCUAUGCCCAUCAGGACAAGAAAGACGAUAUGAAGAUUGGGGUGCGCUCGACGGCGCUGCUCUUUGAUGAUCAAACGAAACCAGUGCUCAAUGGGUUUGCUGCGGCGGCGAUCGCUGGACUGGGCACUGCAGGGUACAUGGCCGGCCUCGACUGGCCAUUCUUCCUCGGCCUCACCGGCGGGGCCGCGCACUUGGCCUGGCAAGUGAAUACGGCCGACCUCGACGAUCCGCUUAGUUUGCAAGCGCGCUUUGCUUCGAACAAAUGGUUUGGCGCCCUCAUCUUCGCUUCCAUUGUGACAGGCAAAGUUUGGUAG